UUUAUAUACCAAUAUGUCAUAUCACACAUAGUUUUUAGUUGAAAAACUAGUGGUCACGUGCAUUUUUGAAAUUUACGUUACUUGUGUUUUUGGCAAGUAUAAAAGAGGCUACAGUCGGUUUCUAGGUCAUGAUGAGUUCCUGCUUCGGCUAGUUAUAUGUUUUCGUGAAUUUGUAUUCCAUUGAAUUUUAAAGGUUUUUCUGGAUGUUUUGCUCAUUUUACAGUGUCUAGGUCAGUUUUUGUCACUGGAUGCUACUAUUUAGCUUAUUUUUAGCCUGAAGUUCUCAGUUAUUAUGUUGGUAGUCAAGGGAUAUGGUAAACCUGCAAUCAUGAUUGCGCACAGUUUCACUGUCAAAUUUGACAGUGAAACUGUGCGCUGAUUUUUCAGCAUGAGUGGCACUAAGUCGAACCUACUGGGUUUGCUUAUUAACGUUGUUCCAGCCCUCACAGGACGUACUAAGCAUGGAUUAGCGUUGCUCCAGAGCGGAAAGUUUUGAUUCAGCACGCAGCUGUCUUUUUAAGCACGAUCUGUGUCAUUUCAGAACAUAGUGGGUAAAUAUGAUCUUCAGUUACCAUAAAAAGGCAUUAUCGAGGAAUAGGCCAGAAUAAAUUUAGAAUUGUUUUAAGCUUGGUAGUGCUGCGGUCUAAGUGAUAAACCGUAUUAAGCACCGUAAUCCAGGAUAUGCUAUGAACCUGAAAUCCUCAGCUGAAAAACGUAUGAAUAAGACACAGAUCGGUGUAAUUUAUAACUGACUCCAAAUUACUUUCAUCAAGAAACAGUCAACCAAAGUAUGCUUUAAAUUGUCGCUCUCAGCCGUUUGAAGGGAAAUUUACUUGAUUUAUGCUGACCUAGUAUGCACAGAUCCCACAGGUCAUUGGAUUGACAACUUAAAAAAGUAGAUUAUUUAACACAUACAUUUAUCUAUAUGUACUAAUUAAGGACAUUAAGUUUUUAGAAAUUGUAGUCAAAUUUUAUUCGCCUAGUAAUCAAAAAUGCAUACAUCCUAUUUUGGACUUAAAAUAAAUGCAUCGGAAUUAUUGUUGAUUUAUAUUCACCUACUAGACGUUCUCAUACAUCUUAAUGCACUUUAAACACCACCAAUGCAUCCAAAUAGCGUGUGACUAUCACACUACACUCAUACCAAAAAAAUUAACACGCCAUUAUAUUAUGGUAAGGUAAGCCCUACAUCACACUGACUGUAAAUUUCCGUGUCAAAAUAAAAAGAUUACCGCUUUAACUUAUAUUUUAGACCAAUAGGAAGCCAGCUAGCCGACAGCCAAUCAAAAUCUGCCUAUAUCUAUUUUCGGCAAGUAUUUGGAUUCUGUGACAGCUGGUAAUUUUAAUCAGAGUGGUGAUUUAAAGGCUUAAGAAAUUAAUGCUUGCACAUCAAUUAUUGAUUGGUGAAAUAGUUACCAAAUGUCAUAAACAGUAGCCCAAACGCUUAGAUUGGUCUCCCAAAUGAGAAUUUUUGGAACAGCUCUUAUACGCAUUGUGGAAUGAACUGUUAUUUUAAUAUAUUUCAGAAAAAAUAUUGUAGUUAACUGCUUCAACACUGCUUGACAGUUUUCGUACAGGUGACAUCUUAAGCGAUAUUGGAUAUCGAUAUUGGAAGCGUGUACGAUGAGAUAAUUCCGUGGAGAUAUAUAUCCAACAUAUUGGGAAAUUUAAUGUAUUUCCCUUAAAUUUCUACCUUGAUUUGCUUACGAUCUGCUUUCAGUUUUUCAUUUGGAUAUUGUACAGAUACAUAUUCUUAUCGAGACGUAUUAUCACAUUGUUUCCUGGCGUCAAACAUGGCAAAUAUGAAAUCGAAAGUACUUAAACAAAAAGAUUCUGGUAAAUGUCCAAUGAGGACUGCUAUGGAUGUUGUGAAACGAGUAUUAUGGGAUGAAAUGAUUCCUCAAGAAUCUAUAACUAUUGGAUAUUUAGACAGAUUUAAAGGCAUAAUAGAAAAACCUUUUGAUGCCUUUUCUUGGGAACCUUUGGAUAGUUUGGAUUACUUUACCUUUGGUGUUCCUGAACACCGUAUUCAGUAUUUUAAAUACAAAGAUCUAGUUGUAUGGGAUAAACGUUUCAGACUAGAUCGUGUUUUCGGUAGUAGUCGUUCAACGAAAACUAUUCGAGAUGUGAUUGAAAAGUAUGAGAAAUACUGUAAAGUUUCUGAAGACAUUCCCGACAUUCUUCUUGAUAAUAAAAAUGGUGGUGUUUCAUUUCGAUGGAGCUUAGAGUCUUUAGACGAUAGUCGUCUUUCAGAAACUCAAACAGAAGAGUCUAUGGAUGAAACAGUAUCAGAGAAAUCUAAACAAAGACCGAAUUUUUUCAUUUGUCAACGAAUAGAAUCUCCUGUGUUUAUUGAAAAGGCGAAAGAGAUCCAGUCACAUAUUUGCAGCCGUCAGCUACUUUAUAAAGAUUGUUGUCUAGAUUCAAAGCUUUUUCAUCUUACUUUGUUAACAGUACGACUGGAAGAUAGUUCUCAAAUAUCAAAGUGUAUGGAUGCGCUUAAACAAUCAGAGAUGGAGCUUCAUAGUUGCGUUCCAAAGGACCAACUAACAAUAAAAGGCGUGAACAGUUUUCGUGGUCGAGUAAUAUACGCAGCUGUCGAAUUAGAUGCAAGUUUGGAAUUGUUUGUUAGUCAAUUAAACAAAAUUCUUCAAAUGAAAGGUUUCCAGACAGAUGAUCAAAGGAAAUUUACACCCCAUAUUUCACUACUGAAGGUUACUCGAUCAAUUUUUAAAAAGACUGGAGAGAAAAAAGUUGAGCCUAAUUUAUACAAUGAAUUCGCAGACAUGGAAUUUGGAAAACAACCUAUCGAUUCAAUUCAUUUAUGUGCCAUCGGGAAACCUCACGAUGUUAAUGGCUUCUAUCGUACUUUUGGAAGUAUAGAUUUCGGCAAUCAGACUUUGAAGUCAGAAUAAUUUUUGAACUUUUACAGUUAUCUUAUUUUAAUACCCUUGUAGCUUAUAUCUUUUAGAUAUAAUUGUGAUAUUGAAGAUGUCUAUAAUAUUUCUAUUUCUUUUUUGUAUUUUCACGCAAAUCUAUUUGUAAUAAUACGUAUACUCUGAACACAAUAAAUUACUUCUGUAAGACUUAUUCUAUUCGUUUACUAGUCAUUGACUGAUUUAGUUUCGUUGUCAAACAAACUUGAUUAAUAUUUAAUGGGCUACACGGAGAAAUCGGUGAUUUUGUUAGACCAAAAGAAACUCUUUAAUCACAGUCGUCUCAGUCAUCCUUAUCAACCGUAAUAAUUGAUGAUAAUUAUUUCAAAUCAGGUCCUGUGCCAGUAGAUUUGAAAUAAAUAUCUCGGAGUUAUUAAAACACAAUCUUAGUACAUAAUGUGGACACCAAGAGACAUGCCACACGAAAUCUCAUAGUUUGUGCUAGGGUUGAAGUACUGACCGAACCGAAGCAGGUGGGGUUGUCUUAGGGGGCCAGCCCGCGAGGCUUUGAGUUGAAUUCUGCUCCACAAGACAGUGCUAGGAACCAAAUUCCUACAGUUGCCAGUGUCCGAAACAGCUUCACACGUCAUUCAAUCCAAUUGGAUUCUGCAGGCAUUGUACACUAUAGGUGUGGAAUCAAGGUUUUCCAGCUCGACUAGGUAAACCUCCAUGUUCACUAGGUGUCCACACGCACGCUUUCCCUUUUGUCAGGAACACCCACACAGCGUGGAGGUAGUGAAUAGGAGUUACUUGGUUUAUCCAUAUGAGAGUAUUUUGAGAGGAGGACCGAAGUCUACCCACCUUCAAGCUGUACUAUGUCAUUUAUACUUUUUACAAUAACUUCGAGUUAUAGACAGAAAAUAUAGGCAACAUAAUUCUAUAAACGUAAAGUAGACAAAUUAUUCGGUAAUGAAAGAAAGAAUAACCAUUUAUAUAAUGAUUAGAAAAGGGGGUUACAGUUCAGAUUUUGCUUGGAAACAAGGAUGGACUUGAGACAGAAGAUAAGAUAGAACAACAGAGCGAAUUUAUACAUAUGAUGAUGGAGAGUUCAUGAGGACAAAUAAUUCGUCUACUUUUACGUUUUUGUUGCUUAUACUUUCUAUUUACAACCCGAGGUCAAUUAACAAGACGUGAACAAGAUGGAACACUAAAAAGACCCAUUUACAGAAAGACGACGUGGGACGGACAAUGUACUGACUUUCACACUUGGUUGCCCCUAUGUAAAAAAACGAAACCUGAUCCUCUCGUUAAGGCACAGAAUUC